CUCUUCUUCAGACCUCUUUCAGCUGAAGUGAAAAGCCUGCAGACAGAGCUCGGAUCAGUAAGUCUCCGGAGAAUGCUACUCACCUACAUUUCUGGACAGGCUACCAACCGACAGAUUGAUCACUGUCUCAGUCCCAUCGUUCCCUGAGGUACUUCUGGCCUCUAUUCCUGGGAAGGCGUGCAGAAGUAAAGAUGGAGGCCGGAGAGGGGCGCUUUCCUAAACAAAGGCAAGUCUUGAUUCUCCUUCUCUUAAUGGGGGCUCAGGCAGGCUGGGAACCCCACCGCUAUUACGUGAUGGAGGAAACAGAGAGCGGCUCUUUUGUGGCCAACCUGGCCAAGGACCUAGGGCUGGGAGUAAGGGACCUAGCUGCGCGGGGAGCCCGAGUGGUCUCUGAGGAUAACAAGCCACUCUUGCAGCUUGACCUGCAGACCGGAGAGCUGAUAUUAAAUGAGAAAUUGGACCGGGAGGACCUCUGCGGCCCCACCGAUCCCUGUGUAAUGCAUUUCCAAGUGUUACUGAAAAACCCAAUGGAAGUAUUUCGAGCGGAGCUAUUGGUUAGAGAUAUAAACGAUCAUUCUCCCGAGUUUUCUGAAAGAGAAAUGACUCUUAAAAUCCCAGAGAACAGCCCUCCUGGAAGCGUGUUUCCUCUGAAAAAAGCCCAGGACUUGGACGUGGGCAACAACAACGUUCAAAACUACAAUAUUGGUCCCAACUCUCAUUUCCACGUUUCCACCCAUAACCGGGAAGACGGCAGGAAAUACCCAGAGCUGGUACUGGACAAAGAGCUGGAUCGCGAGGAGCAGGCGGAGCUCAGAUUAACCCUGACAGCGCUGGAUGGCGGCUCACCACACCGAUCUGGCACGGUCCAGAUUCGCAUCUUGGUCUUGGACGUCAAUGACAACGCCCCCGAGUUUGCGCAGAUGCUCUAUGAGGCGCAGGUCCCAGAGAGCAGCCCCGUAGGCUCCCUAAUUGUCAAGGUCUCCGCUAUGGAUUUAGACACCGGGACAAAUGGAGAGAUAUCAUACUCACUUUUUUACAGUUCUCUGGAGAUAAGUAAAACUUUUGAGCUAAGCAGCCUUUCAGGAGAAAUUCGAUUAAUUGAAAAACUAGAUUUUGAGACAAUAUCUGCAUUUGAGCUAGAUAUAGAGGCGUCUGAUGGCGGGGGACUUUCUGGGAAAUGCAGUGUUUCUAUUAAGGUGCUGGAUGUUAAUGAUAACUCUCCAGAACUAACUAUUUCGUCACUUACCAGCCCAAUUACCGAAAACUCUCCCGAGACAGAAGUGGCCCUGUUUAGGAUUAGAGACCGAGAUUCUGGGGAAAAUGGAAGAAUGGUUUGUUCCAUUCAGGAUGAUAUUCCGUUUGCGCUGAAACCUUCCGUUGAGAAUUACUACAGGCUGGUAACAGAAGGAGCACUGGACAGAGAGACGACAGCCGAGUACAACAUCACCAUCACCGUCACCGACUUGGGCACACCGAGGCUCAAAACCGAGCACAGCAUAACCGUGCAGGUCUCCGAUGUCAACGACAACAUUGACCUGGAAUUCCUUGAAAACAGCUUUAUUUCCAGUUAUCAGCGUAGUGACAAAAUAUUAAGAAAAAUCUAUUAUGAUACAUGA